UGUUUGUUACAGAGAACAGUCAUCAUUUGCCUGCCACUAUUCCCUCCUUCAAUUAGAACUCUUUCACACACAAACAUAGAAUCGCAGGAACGUGGAUGAAAUUAUCCAACGCACGUCUGGUCCGUACAAUCCUUGCUAUUUACAGUAUAGGCCUAAGAGGAGCUUUAUUGACGUGGUGAAGGAGGUUUGCAGGUUUGAGACAAGAGGAAGCAGAGGACAGGGUGAGAUGGAGGAAGAUGAUCUGCUGUGGAGACACCAGAAGCCAAAAAAGAGGAAGAAGAUUCCGGAUGCAAUUAGCCAAUCGAACAGCAGGUGGCAGUCGUGUCACGGAGCUUCGACAAGAAGAAGAGUAUGUGCUCAAUAGUGAUGGAGAAACCUUGAGCUGGGUUCCGAAAGUCAUCAAGAAAAGAGUGUGCACUACUUUUGUGGAGGAUCCGCUCAGCAAUGGGGCGCUGUGCCAGUGUGGGGGUGUGCGGGACGCCCACACCUCCGUGGCCACGGGCGACUUCUUCGGCGCAGCCAUCGUCACUCAGUGGGAGAGCAGGCAUCACUCCUCAGAGAUCCCCACCGACGCUUUCGGGGAGCUGGUGUUUGCCGGUGCCGGACGGAGACACAGUCAUUUCCUCCGCCUGUCAUGUGACACCUCAGCUCCGGUCAUCUACACCCUCAUGACGGAUCACUGGGGCCUCCCUGCGCCCAACCUGGUGGUGUCAGUGGUGGGGGGGGAGGGUCGAGCGAAGAUGAAGACAUGGGUGAGGGAAGUGCUGAGGAACGGACUGGUCCGGGCGGCGCAGAGCACUGGAGCCUGGAUCCUGACUGGGGGUCUGAGAGAGGGCGUGUCUCGAUGUGUUGGUGAGGCAGUCAGAGACCAUGGUGCUGCAGCUUCAGCUCUGUCUCAGAAGAAGGUCAUGGCAGUGGGGGUGGCCCCCUGGGGCCUGGUGCACAACAGGCAGCAGCUAGUCAACGCUCAGGGAAGCUUUCCCGCUCGCUACUACGUCCAGAACACUUCUCGAGACUCCUACUGUCUGGACAACAACUGCCAGGCCUUCCUUCUGGUGGACGACGGGAGCGUGGGCCGUCGGGGGGGAGAGACUGCGUUCCGAGCCAGUCUGGAGGAGUACAUUUCUCACCAGCGCACGGGCAUUUGGGGGAGCGGCAGCAUUGAGAUCCCUGUCCUGUGCAUGCUGAUCUCAGGAGACGGCAGCAUGCUGGAGCGAUUAGAGAUGUCUCUGAGGAAGUCUAAGCCCUGGCUGGUCCUGGCUGGGACUGGUCUUGCCGCAGACCUGGUCAGUGAGCUGGUGGAAGCUGUCCCGUGUAUCGCCCUCAGCCCUACAUGUUCAUCAGCAGAGGGCUGCACCACUGAGGGUCUCAGCUCGGAGCUCAGGGACUGGGUGCGGGAGAAGGUCUGGAAAUACUUUCCAGUUGAAGAAGAGCUGGAGAAAUUGGUGGACAGUGCCCUGAGUAUUUAUCAGAACCGAGAGUUCAUCACUGUGUUCAAUGGGGACCAAGAAGGUCAUGAUGACUUUGAUACAGUUCUCCUGAAAGCUCUUGUCAGAGCAAGGAAACAGAUCGCCAGCGAGGCAAGCGAGCACAUCGAGGAGCUGAAACUGGCUGUGGCCUGGAACAGAGAUGUCAUUGCCAAAUCGGAGCUCUUCAAUGGAGACAUUCAGUGGAGGUAUGAGGACCUGGAGGAAUCCAUGACCGACGCCUUGAUCAACGACAAGCCUCAGUUUGUGCGCUUGUUCUGUGAGAACGGUCUGAACAUCCUGGACUAUCUGACCUACGGCCGGCUGGAGAGUCUCUACCAGUCACUGUCUGACAGCUCUCUAGCUUACGAGCUGCUGCAGAGGCGCCUCAAUGAGAGGCUGACAUCGGCUGGAUCCUUGGUCAACCUGGAUGGAGGGUCCCCGAUGAUAAGUCUGUUGGACCCACUGACGGGACCAGCAUCUGCUAAGGAGCUCAGCCUUUAUGAGGUUUCCAGGCUGCUGUGGGACUUGAUGGGCGACGUCUGUGAGCCGUUCUACUACGAGCCUCUCGGUCUCAGCAUCAAACUCAGCACACGGAAGGCAAUGAAGCAAAUCAACAAGAUGUUGCUUGGCGAGUGUUUGUACCGCAGCCAGCGCUGCCUCUCACCCUGGUCAGCUCUCUUCAUCUGGGCCGUCCUGCAGAACCGCAGAGAAAUGGCUGUUUACUUCUGGGAGAUGGCUGGGGAAGCGGUUCUGAGUGCUCUUGGUGGCUGCAAGAUCCUGAGGGAGCUUUCCAAGAUGGAGAGUGACACGGAGAACAAGUUGGCCAUGAAGGAACUGGCCCAGCAGUUUGAAGAUCUAGCCAAUGAUGUGUUUGGCGAGUGUUACCAAAGCAGCGAGCGUCGCUCCUUCACGCUCCUGAUCAGGAAGUCUCGGGUGUGGCGUGGAGCUACGUGCCUGCAGAUGGCCACUACGGCUGACGCUCGACUCUUCUUCAGCCAUAGUGGAGUCCAGUCGCUGUUGUCCCAAAUUUGGUGGGGCGACAUGGAGCGAAGCACAGACGUCUGGAAGCUGGUGGUCAGCUUCUUCAUGCCGCCACUCAUCUACUCAAAGCUGAUCUACUUCAGAGAAGAUGAUGAAGAGGAGAAGCCGCAAGAAACCUACCACAGCAGAGAGAGUGUCUUCUCUCUGGCGGAUGUCCAAAAUGAGGAGGAUGCAGAAGAGCUGAAGGCCAUGAAAGAAUACAUGAAAGUGGCAACUCAGUCCAACUCCAAGAGGCCAUUCGUGGUGUCACGAUGGAGACAGUUCUGGUUCGCUCCAGUCACUUCCUUCCUGGGCAACAUGAUUAUGUACUUCCUCUUCCUCUUCCUGUUUGCCUACGUCCUCUUAUUGGACUUCAAGCCGCCACCCCCUCUAGGUCCAUCUGCUCGGGAACUGGUGCUUUACUUCUGGGUUUUCACAUUUGCUUGUGAAGAGAUCCGCCAGACUGUUGUUGCGGGGAGCAGUUUUGUGAUCCAGAAGAUGAGGAACUACAUCCAGGACGCAUGGAACAAGUGUGAUCUGGCUGCCAUUGGCCUCUUUUGCUUGGCUCUGUGCUGCAGGAUGUUCCACUGGUCCUUUGAGUUUGGACGCGCAGUGAUGGCGAUAGACUACAUGGUCUUCACACUGAGGCUGAUCCACAUCUUCGCCAUCCACAAACAGCUUGGGCCCAAGAUCAUCAUCGUGGGAAAAAUGAUGAAGGAUGUCUUCUUCUUCCUCUUCUUCCUGGCUGUGUGGCUCAUGGCGUACGGAGUGGCCAACCAGGCCAUUCUCUACGACUAUGACCCGCGGCCCAACUGGAUCUUCCGCCGGGUCUUCUACCGACCCUACCUGCACAUCUUUGGACAGAUCCCCAUCAAUGAAAUGGACCUUGAUAAGCUGCUGGAGGUUCCAUGCACGGACAACGUGACGCUGAUCGAAGCGGGACACGAGCCUUGUUUGAGCAACUACGCUAACUGGCUGUCAGUCAUCCUGCUUGUCAUCUACCUGCUGAUCACCAACAUCCUCCUGGUCAACCUGCUCAUCGCCAUGUUCAGCCACACCUUCUCCAAGGUGCAGGAGCGCAGCGACACCUACUGGAAGUUCCAGCGCUACAAUUUGAUUGUGGAGUACCACUCGCGGCCGCUGCUUCCUCCGCCCUUCAUCAUCAUCUCACACCUGCACCUCAUGGUCAAGCGACACAUCCGUCUCAUCCCGUCAGCCAAAAACACACACUUUGUUCUGGAGCUGCGCGGCAGACAGGCCAGUCGCCUGAACACGUGGGAGGCCAUCCAGAAGGAAAACCUGCUGACGGCUCAGAAUAAGAAGCAGAGGGAGAGCGACACAGCCCGCAUCAGGAGUACCGCUGUCAAGGUGGACAGCGUGUUGAUGCAGGUGACUGAGAUCCGGGAUCGAAGACUGCAGCUGCUGGAGUCACAGGUGGAGUACUGCUGCAGUGCCCUCUCCUGGCUGACGGAGGCUCUGUCUCAGUGUGACGUCAUCAACUAUGACUGGCCUCCUCCACAGCUGAAGUCCACUGUGACAGCAGAUCUGACUCCGUUGUCUCCCAGAUGAAGCGUUGUGCCUUGUUAGCUUUCAGUGUGAAGCCUGUCUCUGUUUGUGCUGCAGUUUGGAGGUGCAACUCUGUGUGUGUGUGUGUGUGUGUGUGUGUGUGUGUGUGUGUGUGUGUGUGUGUGUGUGUGUGUGUGUGUGUGUGUGUGUGUGCGCACUUGCGCUAAUGUGCUGUCCAGAGUGUGGCGCCGCAGCCUGAACCACUUGAUCCUUCAGGUGUCACUGGUGGGGUGUAUCAGUCGGAGGGAGGCAGCACUCUGGAGUUAGUGGCUUUGACAGAUGAAGGUGAAGGUAAAACACUUGGGGGAGAGUCACUGCUCCUCUGGGAACAUGGAGGGACUGUGUAGCCGCGGCUAACUGCUAACUAAUAUGGCAAUGUGCAUGUGGAAUGGGUCAGCGAGUGACGCUUUUAAUGAAGAAUGAAGAGAAAUGGGCUCCAGAAGCGGCACGUUUCUCACGCUCGAGCGCCACCAGGGGGCGCCCACUGAAAAGUUCACUUGUUAACAGCUGUGAUGCAAGGAUGAGCUCCUCUGGUCUCACCAGGGGUUGUGACCUGUCGCCUCUCCUUUUGUCCUGUUCGGUGAGCCGUCUGCUGUUCACCCACAGGUGGCACUCUUCACCAUAUGUUCUGCAGGUCAAUAAAAAAAACUCAUCUGUUUGCCUUCAAGUGGUUUGACUGAAGCACAGCGACACAGAGCUGUCGUGGUGGAGUGACUCAGCCGAUCCUGGCUCAGAGCUCCACAUGUCGAGAGUGGAUUUCACAGGGUUCGCCCGAAUAUUCAGCAGUCGCCCGGCUCACAGACCCAACCUGACACUCGUGUGUGUGCGUGUGUGUGUGUGUGUGUGUGAAGGAGCCCGAGGCUGGAGGCCUGAAUGCCCAUAGUUCUCAGGUGUCACAGCAGCUCGUAAGGAAACUCCCACCUGAAUG